CCGAUAUCUGUCUCACUGUCUAGCCACAGAGAAGUAGUCAGUGAUGCGCUUCUGUGAGGGGACGGGCAGGCCCAGCCGCCGCACCUCAACACGACAAUCGAACUCUACGUGUGGCAGCUCGACCAUCUCAAAGCCAUACUCACGCAGUAAGAGGUGAAAAGGCACUCGAAGAGCAUCUGGUGGGGUGCCCGGCCGGUGCGUCAAGCACUCUUGCAGCACUCUCGCUAUGUCGCCCCCUGCCUGCCCCUGCUCCCAGCCCUGAUCCCCCUCCACAGUGAUGUUGACAAAAAUGCUCUCCAGGCAGGACAGGUGGUGAGUCGCCCGCACACACCACCAAGCUAUCUCCUGACACGACUCGAAAUCCACAGAACCCUCCGUGUCGCCUUGCUCCCAGUACACCCAUGUGUCUUUGGUGGCCUCGCGAGCUCGCUCAGCGAAUGGCCUGUCCUUGUCUGUCUGAUCCACCCUCAGCCAUGUCUCGUCUUCGCUCUCUUCCGAGAACGCGAUUGUGGUCUCGAGCAACACUGCCUCGAGCAUCGGCAGCUGCCCUAGUACUCUCUGCACCAGCGCAUCAGACAUGUCAUCGACCAGCGCCUCCGCCCGUGUCACGCAUGGGAAAAGAUGAGGCACAUGCGACAAGACAAUCUCAGCCAGAGGGGGGCCGUCACUAGGCUGGCUUUCUACAGUGAGUGUGCGUGCCCGAGAGAACACCAGCGACGGGACAAGACCGUAGAGAGCGAGAUGAGAGACCCCAGUGCCAGUGAGGUGAGUGCUCAUGGACACCUCUGUAGGCACCGAGGCCAGUGUCUUGAUUGUGCCCGCACAGCUACGAAGCACCUCGCUCGACAUACCCGAUGAGUCGUACAAGGACUCCAGGCGGAACCAGAAAUCGCUUCUGCUCCAGUUCUCGGUGACGUUGGGGGCGAGGCACAGCUGUCGAAAAUCAUCCACAUUCUACAUGACACAGACAGACAGACAGACACACACACGCACACGAACACACAGACACAGAGGGAGAGAGAGAGAGAGAGAGAGAGGACUGUGUCUUGAUAAAUGCGUUAGGGGUUGCCGCCUUGUGGAUGAAGAUCGUACCUCGAUGUCUUGAGUCGACAAGUAUUCGGGGGACAGGGCGAUGUCGACCUCCUCCAGCCUGAGGUCCCGCUGAGCCAGCAGCUGUGCGCCCCCGUGGGUGAAGCACGACCUGAUCUCGAGGCGCAGCACCUUCAGGGCGCUCAGGUCAGGCACAGAUGUGGUGACCCGCAGAAGCUCCUGCAGUGGGAGCGUGUCGUAGGGAUACGGAUGGGUGCUCCAGCACCCAUCAUCGUCGUACUCGAACGACCGCAGGGCUGGCGCGAAGGACCGCCACCACACACCGAAACCGAUCACGGGGACCAGCAAUCGGCAGUCGCGAACGCUCAAUGACACGAGCGACCUGCAAAGCCGCACAAUCAACAACAAGGCACACACAUGAGAAUCGCUGUGUUGUGUGUCAUUCGCUGUCCUUGCCACCUACCGCAGUGCCCAUCGCUUGCGUGGCGCCGCCUGCGCCCAGUCGCCGCCCACACGCGCCUCCUCCAGCACCGGGAACUCCACCAGAGACGCCCCUUGACGCUCUGACAGCAGCCUGGGCCUGCCGUGCCGCUCUGAAUGCGAGUGGUCCAUCUCGAGGUAGGUCAAAGUGUUGCUCGUGCCCUCCACCAGACUCGUGAUGCUCUCCGUCACCGGGCAGAACAGCACGGCACGCUUGGUCUUGCUCAGUCGGGUGAGCCAGACGCUGAGCUGCUGGCCGGUCAGGUGGAUGGCCUUGGCGGUGUGGAUGUGGACGCAGAGGUGGGUGGAGGGCUCAGCGGCGAUGGUGUGGAAGGCCUUGCGGACGAGUGAGAGGGUGCCGAUGAUGCACUGGGUGCCCAGGAGAGGGCUGAGGAAGGUCGAGAUGGUGUCGGACGGGACAGUCCACAGGGGAAGUGACGACUGCAAAAGCAACGAAGCACCACACACAGACGAUGAUGUGUGGAUAGCGAAGCAAAUGGGCGGUGUGUGAGUCAAUGCACACCUGCUGCCCAUGGUUCGGUGUGUCCAUGUCAUCGCUAUCAAUCACUCGGCCAUCAUCAUCGUCGUCAACCAACAUCCCAUCUACAUCCUCCUGCAGGCAAACACGACAAAGCGCCGCCAUGGUUGCGGUUUCUCUUUGUUGUUUGCCUCCCGCCCUCUCCCUUACCUCCUCUUGACGUGGGCAGUGUCGUUUCGCCAUCAGAAGACCUCCUCAAGCCACCGACCCGCUGAUGCCCACUUAUCCAUCCCGCAGCCGGAUCCUCUCCGUUCUUGCCACAGAUGCAGUGGCCAGAUCCUCCUGACGGUCAUGCAGCCGGAGAUCUGCCGUCUUUU